UUGGUUAACUUGUCUUUGGCUUUGCCAUAGACAAGGUAGGCAAGGCUGAAGGCAGAAAUGAAAUAAUCUGAGGCAAAUGGGUUGAGAAAAUUACAAAUGGCUUCCGUUUUCGACUGUAGGCUAUCAUAAUUUGCAGUUGGCAUGGUUUUUUAGCUAAGACCAUCAAUCAUUGUCGAGACGAACGUGUUCCAUUCGAUCGAGUCGCUAUUUCGCUAUCGUAACUAAUUAGUCAUGGGCAUUCAAGAUUUACAAACAUUUUUAGAAAACGAGGGAGUAGGGGUUGAUCUAUUUCGAAUCGCUAGAAAUCAAGCGGGCGGUUUUCGUCUAGUUCUUGAUGCAGAAGGCUGCUUAGACCGUCUCUAUGGUGGAUAUUUUUCAGAUUGGGCAUGUGGAGGACAAUGGGCUCGAUGCGUUCAAUUUUUGACUACAUUAGCACAGGCUCUUGCUGAGCACCAAGUAUCAUUAUGUGUUUGCUUUAAUGGUGCCCAUCCCACACCUCCAGCAACCCCACAACACUGGAUCCAGGUUCAAGCAACAUACAGACAGAGAGUUAAUUUUGUGCUACGUCAUAUUGCAACCAAAGGAACACCUCCACCUAAAGUGUGGUGGGUCCCACCAACAGGUCUACAUUCGUGUUUAAGAACAGCCUUACGUUAUCUCAAUAUUCCAAUUAUGGUAUCUUCAGAUGAUCAUUGCCAAGAAGUGGUUGGUUUGUGCCGUGAAAAAACUUAUGCAGGCUUGAUAGGGUGUUCUGCGGAGUAUUUAGUAUUCCAGCCGCCAAGAUAUUUUAGUUCAUCUCAGUUGAAACUUACAUACCGGUCGUCACUUGAAACCAAGGAGUACAUGGUACAUGAAUUGCCACAAGUGCUGGAUGUCCCACAAGAUCGUCUCUGUCUUAUGGCGGCUCUAUUAGGCGGCACAAUACUUUCCGAACAUAGUCUCACUGAUUUCUACAAACGCUUGGGAAUCACACAAAAAAAGCCUGGAAAUGAACAAUUAACUGCAAUGGAUAAGACAAAUCAACAGGUGCCCCCUGAGACAUUAGUCAAGAGUGUGUGUCAGUUUGUGCGUGAACUGCCUUCAUCAGAUAUUGAUGCUGCUUGUAUUGAGAUCUUUGGAGAUCUCAAUGAUCUGCGUGCUGCUAAGCUUAAACAAGCUGUGCAGUAUUACUUGAAUGGUACCAAAGAUGGUUUUCUCAAGUACAGAACUGCAUCUGGGCGCCGUCCUAAGACAAAUAAAAAGAAUAAACCUGAAAUUAGUCCACAGUCAACAUCAAGUGAUUUAGAUACUUCUAAGCUGGCGACUGAAUCAACUGAACAUGAGCAAAAAGGCUUGGAAGAUUACAAAUUGGCAACAGCAAAUGCAUCAAUAAACGCAGACUUUAGCAUUGAAGAGCAGAGUAUCGACGUGAAUCAUGGUUUAGCCGCACUUUCUCUCGACGGCGGAGACACGAGCACCACCACUGCCAUCCAGCAGCCAUCUAAACAAGCUAGCAAAACUGAAAAACAACAGUCUUCUACGAAAGAGAUCCGGUCGGCUGUUAAUAAGCAAACUCAAAAUGACGACAACUGCCCGUCAGCACCAGCUGAAGUGUUGCGAACAUGUGCAGAGCGGCAUGCACGUGGCCUUAUGCAUCCUAGCAUGCUUUCAAUUCUCACGCACCGUCAAAUCACUCUUAAUGUAUUAAUGGAAGAUGACAACCACCGAGAAAUACCGUCUAUACAUCAUUUUUAUAGACCUAUUAGACAAAAUGUUUAUGCCAUUCUAUACAACAUGCAUCAUCAUCGCUUCAUGGCCCAAAAAGCCAAAGAGGAAGGUACAACUAGUAUUUCCGCAUCUAACGAACGUAUUUGCACCGUACAAGUAGCUGAAUGGAUUUAUUCUCGUGUGAAUCCUGGCAAGAGCCCUGAGAUGGUGCCUGGAGUGGUCCUCGAUUGGCCUGUACCAACAGUCCAGAGGCUUUGGUUCGGAACGGCGCAGGAUGAUAAAUGUAGGCGUAUGCGCGCUUUUCUGUCUUGCAUGCGCUCCGACACGCCACUGAUGCUGAACACGUCUUAUGUACCUCAACAUCUGCUUAUAUUAGCAACUGUAUUGAGGUUCAUAAUGACAUCACAAAUUCAAAUUCUAAGGCGACAGGAGUUAGAUGCCUUUUUAGCUACAGCUUUUUCCAAUGAUCUCAUGAAUGCACUUCACUUGCAGGAGAUGACCGUGAACGGGAUAAACUCGCGUGGAGUGCAGCUGGCGGCGCUAGUGAUGGCGGGUGCAGAGGCGGCACUGCUGGCCAACGAUGCGUGCGGCGCGCCCGUACCCUGGCUGGUGGCCGCGCCCUGGCUCUACUGCGACGGCAAGCUGCUGCAGCGUAACCUGCACCGCGCCUCACACUGCAAGCAUCUCGCGCAGCUCUGUGAUAACCAUCUAGACACCGUCGUCAAGGUGGAGCGCAUGCGUAAGGCAAUCCUGGAGGGCCUGGAGGUGGAGUUCGCGAUGCCGCCACUGCCGCUGGUGGCGGGCGUGGUGGGCGGCUCGCUGGGCGGCUGGGCUCGCGGCCGCGGCCGUCCCGCACGCCUUGAGAUCGCCGGCGUCGUCGUCGGGCAGUGGGGCGGCGGCAGCUACCCGACGCGCCAUCCUCGCUAUCCGCAGGUGAGCUACGUGGGCUACACGCCGCCGACACGCAACUCGUACGGGCGCGGCGCAUGGCGUGGGGCGCGGGGCGCGCGCGGCGGUCGCGGGGCGCGCGGCCGCGGGCGGGGCGCCGCGCCCGUCGCGCCUCGCGCCACCCAGCGCCGCCCGCGCCGCGACCUCUCCGCCGAGCCCGCCAAGCCGGCCACGCUCACGCUCAACGGUAAAACUGUGAGACCAGACGAGAUGGUGUCACAGGUUGACGAAGGAAGUCCACAUGAGGACAAUGUGGUUGCGGACAAUGAAGCAGAUGGUUCACAGCAACAGAAAACGAAGACUGCAAAAAAUUUGAAGAAGAAUGUUGGUAAAGGGAAGAAGAAAGCAGGCCCUAAUCAGAAGGCUAAUGUCGCUCAAAUGUUGGAGCUAUUUGAUAAUAACAAGGUGGCGGAGCAAAGCCACAUAUCUGAAAAGGAACAUAUCGGGCAAGGUGAUGCGCCUGUUACUAACUAAUUUAUCCUAAAGGUAACUCUUACGCUUGUUUAUUUGUAGUUUAUAUGUAUUGAACUGAAUUAUUUAUGUUGCCCGUAAAUUUACUUUUAUUUGAGGAAAGUUUAUUAUAACAAUUUGAUUAAUAUUCUUGAGUUGCUAGUGACUUUAUAAAACAAUUCUAAUAUGAUGUUUAAAUUGUUAAUAACCAAUUAAAUAGCAUUAUCGUGCAAUAUUCACUAGCAUUCAGAGAAAACACAGUAAUUAUAACAUAUGACAUUAAAAGAAUACAAUCGUUUUAGCACGUACGUGGGUUGCAUUAUAAAUUUGUAAACAGAGACAUAACCAAUCUAAAUUUAAAGAUUAGUUAUUAUCUGUAAGGUGAGUAUUUACCACCUGUCAUAAAGUAUACGUGCCUGAAGAUCUAAAAGACUUCCCAUUUUUGAGACUGAUUUUAUAUUACUUUAAUUGGCACAUUCAGUGUUCAAUUAAUAAUAAUAUUAAAAAGAAACAACAGAGACAAAUUACAACGUCUCUAUAAUCCCUAAUAAGACAUAAGUACUCUUUGGAUAUAUUGGUAUAUGCUUAUGAGGCAAACCCAUAUAAUAUUGUCCUGAAUGAAUCUUUAUACAUCUAUGGCAAAUAUCAAAAUAGACAAAGGGAUAGGUUCGACUACUUGAGAUAGUACUGUAUCUCUUAGAGAGUUUAGAACCUAACAGCAACCAUUAUUGGACAAGUGAUAAUUAGAAUAUAUAUAUAUAUUAAUAAAUUAAUGUUGAUUGUUAAGUCAUGUUUAAUUAAAAAGUGAGAUGACUUAGUAUGUAAUAUGUUUUAUUCUUAAGCAUACAAGGUACUGAGUCAACAUUAUUUAUUUACAAAUAGUAUAUUUACAAUUUACCAAAUUAUUAUUUUUAUUUUUAAGCUUGGUUUGGUUUAUGAGAUCUAUUACAUUCAUAUUUGAAAUAUGCAAACAAAACAACAUACAUUUAGAAGUGGUUGUAAUUCUCAAAGUACAUAGGUAAAUUCUGACAAUUUGAAAUAAUACAUUUUUGAUCUCAUAGAUUAAACCAAAUGUUUUCAGACUUGUUUUUGGGAUUUCUUACUAUUAUUUAAGCAUUGAUGAUUGAAUUGAGUGUGUAAUAUUAAAGACGGUCUGUUAGAAGAGGUACUUCUAAAAUGAAGUUACAUUUGCGUGCCCAAAUUUUGAAUUAGAAGAAUUGCAGAUGUUAAAAAGCAAUAAUUUGUGUUCAAAAUCACCCGAUUCAUUAUUAUUUUAUUUUUGCUUGUUUUUAACAAUUUUAUUGGAUUUAUCACUUUAAUUAUACUAUUACCACUGUCUUAAUACACACUAUAUGACUCGUAAUAUACAUAUAAUAUAGGUAUAUCAUUGUUUUAAAUUAUGAGUAUGGUGAACUAUGAGUAUGUUUGAAGUGAUUUUUAACAGACUAGACCCGACCCAUUAAACGUCGUGUAUUUGUGAAUGUGAUAAUUAUAUUCGAGUCGACAAAUGUUAGCAUAUAAUUGUGGGAGGGAUGGUAAAAUUAGUAUAGAAAUCGCAUUUAUUGAAUGAUUGAUGGUGCUUUGAAAUCUAUAGGACUGCCUGAAACGAGUCUGAAACUCAUAGAUUUAAGUCUAACGAUAGACGUUUAAUAAAAGUGGAUGAACAUUCGCGUAAUGACAUUUCUACAUCCUAUAGGGUAUUAUUUCGAUAGGAAAUCUUAGAUUUGUUAGUGAUAUAUUUAUAUGCAUUUUUAGAAAGUCAUGGUGGCGAAUGUUCUUCAUUAAUAUGUAUUUUUGUAAAUUUGUUAUAUUGUUAUACUUAAAUUUAGCUGGAAUGACUAAUGAGAAUAAUCAAGACAAACCUUGCUCAGAUACUCGGUUGAUGGUUAAACUGUCACAAUUAUAAGCAUACCAGUUACAUUCCAUUACGAACACAAGAACCUUCUUUUGUAAUUGGACAGUUCACACAGUCGAGAAUGGAACUACAUAAAUGAAGACUUUACAAUUUUUGGAACGCUUAACGAUACCCAGGCCAAAACAUAGAGAAACUAUGUUGCUACAUUAACAUAAAAUUGAUUUUAAGAAUCAAAAUGUGAUCAGAACAUGAGUGCAUUGCACACAUACGUGGCAGCGCUAUUUACAGUGACUAAUUGCCAAAUAAAGUAUAAGCAUCUGACUUCGUAACACGACCACUUCAGGUGGAGAAAGGCGGCGGUCAUUAACAACAACGUUAGUUGACCGCCACCUCAUACCAGAGUGUUCUCAUCGCAUGAGAACACUCACAAUGCUAAGUAUUCGCUAGCUGUCGCUUAGCUCGACAUGCACUUUAUAUUAUACAUUUUAACGUAUAUUAUUGCUUGCUUAUUAAAAUAAACACGAUGUGUAGUUUAGAGUUUUAACUUCAAUGUAUUUUGAUUUGUUUAAGAAUUAUGUGUAUCAACAAUAAAAGAAUGUCAGAAGAUUCAUUGUAAUCUUACAAUGGGGUUAAUGUUUUCUGAGUAUAUAAAUCGUAUCUUUUAAUUUAAAGGCACUAUUUACAUCAUUAUUCUCUAUAAUGAUUAUAUAUUUUAAAUGCCUUUGUUUAAACUUAUUCAAAAUACAUGUUUUUUAUAUUUCACGUUUUUAAAAUGUUACGUUAGUCGUGAUUUAAAGAAGGUAGAAUUUAUGUUUACUUUUAAAUCCAAUAUGCGCUAUAGUUUUAGAUUAUUCAACAGUAUAAUAAUACCUUUACUACAAUUUAUAAACUUGUUUGCUGGCAAUAGUAAUUAUUGUCAACAUAAUAUAAUCCAAAUAUAUUAGAAUAUUUGUCAUGUAACACAUAACAUUUUUCGUAAUUGAAGUAGCAAACAUGGAACUGUGGCUUUUUUGAAAACACUUAUAACUUAAGUAUGUAAACCUGCAUAAAAAAAUUUGAAAAUGUUCAUUACUAUUUCAGUUUUUGAACACAAAAAAUAUUUGAUGAAUUUUAAAUUGUAAAG